AUGGAGGCCAAUAAUGUUUGUUCGAGUGCAAUUGUUGCUCAAGUUCUUAACGGAGUAUCUAAUUAUGAAAACUGGAAAGCUUGCGUACAAAACUAUUUGUGGGUUAGAGAUCUGUGGGACGUUGUGGAACAAACCUCAGAACCUCCCCAACAGGAAGAUGAGGGUGAAUUCAAGGGUUGGAGUAAAAGGAAUGUGGCUGCUUUGCAUGCUAUUCAAAUUUCAUGUGAUCCGAUCAUGCUUUCUUCUAUUAGCAACAUGACUACAGCUAAAGAUGCUUGGAACACUUUGGCCCAAAUGUGCCAAUUGCCUAUGCCAGAAGAGGCACCAGUGGCCGAAUUUAUUGAUCGCACUCAUAUGUUGGAGCUCCUCAAGGCUAUUAAGGAAUGUGCUUUGGAAUCCACAAAGGGUGUUUUGACGUCCCACACGCAUUUAGCCAAUGCCGUAAUUGGCGACUCAAGUUUCACGGCCUUUCAUUUCGCAAUCUUCAAAGGUCAAUUGGAUAUGAUUGAUGAAUUUCUAAGCACAAUGUCAGAGGAACACCUCAAAAUGCAAGAUCGCUAUGGUCGCACAGUUCUUCACCAUGCCGCCAUGUCUGAAAACACCAAGAUUGCCCAAAGCUUGAUCAGAAAGAACAGGGAAUUACUCACUUUUCAAGAUAGUGGAGGAAAUAUUCCACUUAAUUCUGCAUGUUGGGUAGGCCAUAAAGAUAUGACUCACUAUCUAUACAACAUGACUUCACGAGAAUUUCUACUCUCACGAGGAAAUGAAUGUCAGGCAGCAUUGUUUGUCUGUGACUGUAUUAAUAACAAAUGGUUUGAUGUUGCUUUGGAUCUGCUACGUUAUUGUCCACAUUUAGCAUUUGUUGAAGGGGAAGAUGGAAUCAGUGCUAUUACAGCAUUAUCGUGUCAACCUUCUGCAUUCCCUAGCGGCAGUGGGUUCUCAUUUUGGCAACGCUGGAUCUAUUCUUGUUUAAAGGCAAAAGGACCCAAACUUUUGUCUAGUGUAGACAAUCUUCUGCUUUUGAUGUCUAAGACGAUAGCUGCUUCUGAUGUUGCACAAUUUUAUCUAAGUUUAGUGCAUCAAGCAGUGCUCAACGCUGCUCAGCGGGGGCUGAUGGAGUUUAUUGUCGAAGUCAUCAAACCUAAUAUAGAUUUAUUGAUGUUUUUGGACGAGGAGCGAAGAAACAUAUUCCAGAUUGCAGUUGCACAUCGACAAGAAAAAGUGUUUAGCCUCAUAUAUGGGCUUGAUACUAUCAAGUAUCUUUUUCUUCCUUAUUGUGAUAGGAGCAGCAAUAAUAUGUUACAUUUGGCAGGCCAACUAUCACCCCAAUCUCAGGCUAAGCUUCAACAAAUCUCAGGAGCAGCUCUGCAAAUGCAAAGAGAACUACAAUGGUUCAAGGUCAGCAUCUCUCUCUCUGAGGUGGAACGCAUUGUACCACCUAUGCUUAAAAAACAUAAAAAUGAAGAAGGAGAAACUCCUUAUGAAGCAUUUGAUCGAAGCCAUGCGAAAUUGUUGAAAGAAGGGGAGAAAUGGAUGAAGGAUAUAGCGCAAUCUUCUACGAUUGUUGGCACUCUUAUCAUCACCAUUAUGUUCGCUACUCUUUUUACUGUUCCUGGAGGCCUUAGUCAAGACACUGGUGUUCCAUUCCUCUUAACAAAGAAACUUGUUAAGGUAUUCAUAAUAUCAGAUGCUAUUUCUCUCUUUGCUUCGACCACUUCGGUGUUGAUGUUCGUUGGCAUCCUCACAUCACGAUAUACAGCACAUGAUUUCCUCAAAUCCUUGCCCAACAAAUUGAUCAUUGGACUUUCCUCCCUCUUCAUUUCUAUUGCAACAAUGAUGGUAGCUUUCUCCUCAACUGCCAUUAUCAUGCUAAAGGGCCAAUUAGAAAUAGUUAUUCCAAUCAUUUUGCUGGCUAGCAUUCCUAUCGGUCUCUUUGUGUGGUUGCAGUUUCCACUUCUUGUUAAGAUUUUUAUCUCAACGUAUGGACCAGGGAUCUUUGAUAGGAAAAUGAAGAAAUGGCUCUAAUUAACUUUAGGUAUAUUUAU